AUGAACAAGUGGUUCUAUAUCAUCCUCACAUAUAUCGUUGUGUUGCUCUUAGUGUUUGAAAAAGCACCUCAUGCGCCAGUUUUUUCAUCGAGGAUUCCAAUGGAACAGAAUAGAACCUCUGUGGAGAAUGGACCAUUAACUUCAACGACUCCUGCUUUUUCUUCUUCUUCUUCUGAUUCUUACCUGAUGGAUAGGACUGAUCGAUUCGAAUGGUACAAACAACAGAUGUACAGGGAUAUGAAAAUAAACGAGUCGAAAAUUGCAACCAACAUUAGCACUUUGUAUGCUUACGAAUUCGAGCACGAAAUAGCAGUGACAACAACGUCAAGAGAUAGAAUGGGAUAUCGACUCUACUGUCGAUAUGUUGAUGAAAACGAUAUGGAAAUAGGAGAACCAUUUGAAAGUUUUACGUAUCCAGAGUAUAUUGUUGCCUGCAAAAAGAAAUUAGGAACCAGAAAGAUUGGAUUGAAUCCGAGGUAUGAACUGUCAAUGUGCGUGGCAACAAUUCAUGGCUCUGAACCGAAAUGGUUAUUGUUUAUUGAAAUGAUUGAACACUACAAACUUCAGGGUGUGCAACAUUUCUACCUUCAUAUUCAUAACACAUCAACUUAUGAUUUGAAAGUAAUAAACGACUACAUUCGGACGGGAGAACUCGAAGUUCAUUAUCUGAUUGAAAGAGAUUAUCGAAUAGAUAAACAUUGGCAUAUGGUCAAUGUAGCGGACUGUUUGAUCUGGUCGAGACUGGAAUCUAAAUGGACGAUAUUCGGAGAUUUGGAUGAACGCAUUUUAAUGACCAAUUACACGGAAAGUAUAUUGGAUUACGUCAGAGAAGUCAAGGAUGAAUCAAUCGGAAGUUUGCAAUUCAGGCAACAGUGGAUUCUGAAAACUGAGUUGAUGCCGGAGAAAUAUCAAGGAGAUAAGCAGAUAAUCGAAUGGAUGCCAACUCAUCGAUGGCAUAACUCAACUGGAAUCGGUUCUCCAGGACACGCUGUCAAAUGCAUUAUUGAUUCAUCAAAAGUGUUCAAUAUGUUCAUUCAUAAUGUCAUUCAAUUCUUUCCAAAACAGAACGGAAGUUACGGAGAAGUAGGUAUAAAACCAGAAGAAGGACUCAUCCGACAUUAUCGUGAUCAAUCACUGGGAAAUUGGGGAGUAAAAUGGCUGAAAGAAACUUUCAAAUACGGUCCAUUGAGAAAUACGGAUUAUCCAGAGAAUUUGAUUGGAAAACUGACAGAAAAUGUGAAGAAAAGAGCUAAAUAUGUGUAUGAUAAUAAAUAUGAUGAUUGA